ACACGAUGAAAUAGACAUGAAGCCGCCAAAAUGAACUAUGCGAAUACAUUUGAGUGGGUGAUUGGGAUCGUGAACGCGGAAGACAAAUAUCUUACUGCGGAAAGAUACGGGAACAAAAUCAACGCAGGGGGGCUCGCUCUACGACAGAAACAAAAAUGGACCGUAGAAUUUAACGACGACGAAAGCGUAUUCAUCCGAAGUUAUGUCGGGAGUUACAUUUCCGUCGAUCGGCUCGGAACGGUCACGUGUGAAACCAGGGAGCGCGGGGAUGACGAGAAAUUCAUGCUGGAGUAUGCUGCAGACGGGUCGGCUCGCUGGGCUUUUAGAAGCAGGAAGCAUAAAUACUUCCUGGCCGGAACUGGCGAGGGGAUAAACUGUCUCGCCAAGAGGGCCUCGGACGAAGACUUGUCACUCUGGUAUACUCCUUUUGCUAUGCAUCCCCAGGUGACAAUCUUUUCGAUGCUAGGCAAGAAAUUUGCGAUCGCGGAUUCCAAUCACAUUUCUUUGGCGGGUAUCAAAGCAUGGGGCCCUCGGGCCUUGUUUACAAUGGAGUUCACGCACGGGAAGUAUCGAUUCAAAACCUCCGAUAAUCGAUACCUCUCCAAAACUGGAUCGCUGGUUUCCACCCAAGACGAGGACACGUUGUUUGGAAUGGAAAUUCACUUAAGUGAAGACAAGCGGCUGAAAGGUUUAGCGUUCAAAGACAACGAUGGUAGAUACCUCUCGGCCACUGGACCCUCUGGGACUCUCAGAACUAACUACAAAGUCCUGCGCAAGGAAGAAUUCUUCCGCCUGGAAGAAUGCCACCCACAGGUCAUCAUUGUGGGAAAUGGCGGGAAAACGGCCUCCGUGGGGAUGGAAGUCAUGCUGAAGAUCAUCCGGGUCCCAACUCAGUCCGAAAUUUUUCAAUUGGAAUACGACAGCGGGAAAAAGAAAUGGUCAAUUGAAACCUAUGAUGGAACAUUUUGGGGCGUGACACAAGAUGGCCGAAUCGAGGCAGUUACAAAAACGUUAUCAGACAACAAUAUGUUCGAAAUACGUUGGCUAUCUAACGGAAGGGCGAGAAUCAGGGGGUCCAAUGGGAAAUACUUAGCCAGCAAAGGGACUGGGAACUUAGCCGCCCGUAUUCCGGAAGAUGCAGACGACAGCGGUUUCCAGAUCCGGCUUCUUAAUCGCCCGGUGAUCGUAUUCCGGUGUGAGUUUGGAUUCAUCGGAAUUAAAACUAUUCCCGGAAGUAACAAUGACGAGUACAUUUGUACCAAGGCUUACCCGAGUGUUAUAACACUGAAGCAGAUGAACGAUGGGAAAUACAGCUUACGGAGUGAAAACGGGAAAUAUUGGUGUCUCAGCAUACCAACAGGAGGUUACCCUUCUAUUAAAGCGAACAGCGCCGAGCCUGUUCCGUUUGUGAUGGAAUUUCGGGACUCCUCGCUUGUCACAAUUUUGGCGCCAAACGGUCGUUAUCUGCAUUGCGAUAAAGUGGGCCAUUUUCAUGCUUCUGCGUUGGAGCCAGACGCGCAAUGUUUGCUGUAUUGUUAAAUUUGAAAUUAAAGAAUUCUUAUCUAACAGAUAAUAAUAGCACCUCAUCAUUUUGCAGUAGUAACUAUUUCAAGAGACAUCGGUUGUAUACCUUUAUUAAAAAAAAUCCCAGUUCAUACAUAGGUAGUGCACGUUUGUUAUACAUCGUAUAAAUUUUUGCUCAAUCUGGAAAAAGCAUGCGAAAAAUUCACAAAAAUUCUUUUUUUUUCUGGAGGGGUUGGUCGGGGGCUGGAGUCUCUAUACUUGUAUACAAUAGUUGAUUUGCAAUUUAAUGUUUCUCAUCAUGUGGGUCUUAAAGUACAAUACAUUUUCAGGAAAUGAGUCCAAGAUUUUUUCUGUGACAUGUUCCCUCUUUUUAAAACUGACAAGGUUUUACAUGAAUUCAUGAAUGAAAAAUCGUAAUAUUUCUUUCGACCAUUCUAAAGCUCUCGGAACAUCUCAAAUAAUUUUCUCAUCCUGGUACUUUCAUGUCGUUUGCAAUUUUUAAGGCAAAAUUACCAAACAAGCUUUAAUAUUUUAGCCAUGUCUUGAAACCUGCAUAAUGUGAUUAAUUGGGUUUUUUUUUUUUAAGAAUUAUUUUUGGAAUUU